CUCGCCGCGAGCCUUCAGCUGACGUACCGGCAGCGGCGCGUGAGGGUGGGAGUGGAAGCAGAGUGUGUUUGUGAGAUGACACGACUCAGACUCAGCCGCGGACACUGAGCUGUGACGCCUCCACUGAGGAUUAAAAACUCACCUGAACCAACCGUGAGGCGGACAGAAAGACACCUCGAUAAAAAAAAACACACGAGAUAUUUCCAAGAGCGACUGAGAUUCACCCCAGCCAAGUCCAGCCAGGCCAUGCUCACACUAUGACCACUACAAUGGUUCGGUCUGUAAUGUUGACAGUCCUCAUGCAUAUUUUCCUGGUGUCGCAUGUUGCUCAAUGUAUAGCGCCUGUCCAGGGAGCCUCCCUUCAUUCAGGUGCCAUGGACCUCCCAUGGCAGGAUGAGCUGUGCUGUGACUCACCUUCUGCCCCCCUCAGUGUGGAGGGCGGCAACACACACACACCAGAGACAAACAGCUCUGAAUCAAACCACCCACACUACCCUCGCUGCAGCUUCAGGAGCUCCACAACUGAAUCACAACCUCAUGAGCUCUCCAACGGCACCUGUUUGGACAUACUGUGCAGAAUUGAUGAAAACUGGGAACAUUUAAUGUGUGACCUUCAGUGUCACAGUCCACCAUCGUCCACGUUGGAUGCUGGUCUCGUGGAAGUCAGCUUACAGCGUCUGGUGUCCCAGAAAGAGGGCACGAUGGUGAACGAUGGUAAUACUGCACCUUAUAAUCCUGUCGUCUGUGAAGCGGAGGAUUCCUUCAUGUGUUCACUCGCCCUUGACACUACAACAAGCUUUGUCACUGUGGUAACUGUCAGCAUCGGCAACGCCGUAGCUCCGCCAGUGCUGCUCAGAAUUCCUGCACGACCUGUGAAACCAAGUCCUCCAGUCAACCUGUCACAUAUCCAGACCAUUGAGGCAGAACUGAUUUUACACUGGGACAACCCAUCAGACUUUGAUACCGGGCCGCUGAGAUAUGAGAUACGAUACUCUUCCAACACCACUCACCCAGCCUGGCAGGUGGUGUCUGCACCUGGAGAGCCCAGGUCCUCUCUGGAUCUGAAGCCCAGACUGAACUACACCAUCCAGGUUCGCUGCUCCAGCCUCAACAAUCCUCCGCUGUGGAGCGAAUGGAGUGAACCUCACCACAUCUACCUGGACACGGUGAGCUACAUCCCUGAGAAAGUGGUGGUGCGACCAGGGGAGAACGUUACGGUGUAUUGUGUGUUCAACGACCACAACAUCAACGCCAGCACGGCCAUGUGGAUGCUCAACUUCAAACACCAGCUUCAUAGCAGCCAGUACCACCCAGUCAACCAAUGGGUCAGCCAGAUCACAGUGCGUGCUUCAGAGACCCGGAUAUAUGACCUGCUGCAGUGCACUCACUGGACCAUCCCGUACAGCCAGAUCUAUGUAGAGGGAGCUUCAAUUGAUAUAAACUGUCAAACCAACGGUGAUAUCGAUGCUAUGGACUGUAGCUGGAAGAACACACAGUGGACUAAACCCAAGUUCAGAUCCAGCUGGGCAGACCUAUCGUGUGACGUGAUGGAGGAGAGGGAAAGAACGGGAGAGGAAGUGGGAGAGAUGGGAGCCUAUUGCCUGCAAUCCAGUCAGAAAACCUGCACCAUCCAGCCUCUGAGGAUGAACUGCUACAAGCUGUGGCUGGAAGUGCCGUCCCGACUGGGUCCUAUCAGAUCUAAACCCAUCUACCUGACCCCUAUAGAUCAUGUGAAACCCCACACGCCCACCAAUGUGAAGGCAGUGAGCCGGAGCAGUGGGGUCCUGAUGGUCACGUGGGAGCCUCCCCCUCUGCCAGUCGAGGGGGUCCAGUGUCAGUUGCGGUACCACUCACCAUCCUCUGUGAAAGCCCAGCCGGAGUGGAAGGUCCAGAGUCCAGUGCGGGUGCCGUGGGCAGAGGUCACAGUGUCUGACAUGUGCCGGGAAUAUGCUGUACAAAUUCGCUGCAUGCACACCAACGGCACCGGCUACUGGAGCGAAUGGAGCGACUCAGUCUACUCCACUCCUCAGAACAGCAGAGCUCCUGAGCGUGGCCCUGAUUUCUGGAGAAUUCUCCAGGAUGAUCCAUACAGAAACCAGACUAAUGUCACUCUGCUAUUCAAGCACCUCCAAAUUUCAGAGCAGUCUUACUGCGUGAAAGGAUUCAUAGUCCAGCACCAGACCUCGAGUGGCUCUGUGAUGAGGGAGCAGAUCGAACUGACAUCCUCCUACAGCUUUGAGUGGAACCAAAUGCCCCAAAGUGUGACUGUGGAGGCCUACAACAGUCUGGGGAGCUCCACUAACAACAUCAACAUGACGCUGGAUAGAAAUCCCAAACGCCACUGUGUGCGUUCGUUCAGUGUGUUGGUUAUCAACAGCACCUGUGUGUCUCUGUCCUGGACUCUGUUGGACAACAGCUCUGUGCCCCUGUUCAUGGUGGUCCAGUGGUCUGCACAGAGGCAGCAGGACUCUGAUCGUCACAAAGGCCAGAGCGGAGAAACAUGGGCCAAACUGCCCUACACUGACCGUCCCAUCUAUCUAACAGAUGAUUUCUUUGGCUCAGAGGAGUGUGGUUUCUACUUGUACCCAGUGUUUGCUGAUGGAGAAGGGGAGCCAGUGUACACUACAGCCACCAGAGGAGACCCUGCAGCCUACAUGAUGCUGAUGAUCAUCUCCUUCCUCUCCAUCGUUCUGUUAGUCACCCUGAUCCUCUCCCAAAACCAGAUGAAAAAGAUUGUGUGGAAAGAUGUGCCCAACCCAAACAAGUGUUCCUGGGCCAAAGGACUGGAUUUGAAAAAGGCUGAUACCUUCGAUCACCUGUUCCGACCUCCAGGAGGCCUCCCAGCCUGGCCGCUGCUCAUGCAGUCGGAGAACAUUUCCAAAGUCGUCAUAGUAGACAAGGCUGAUCUCUCGGCUCUGACUACAGCGUUAGUCCAAGCCCCACUUGUGUCCCUGACUCCUGACCCAGCGACUGCCUUGUCUAUCUCCCUUCCUCCAGGGUUUGACUCAGAGGUCAACCAAACCCAACCUGUGGAAGGAGGUGGGUCUCCGUCAUUUGUACUUAAUCUGGAUUCUUUAACCAGUUUAAGCUCGGGAACAGAUCAGUUACAGCUAAUCGACAACCCAGCAGACCAGCCCCCAGGCAGCACUGACAGCUCUGCCCAGUCUUCAGUCACAUACGCCACUGUGCUACUGUCUGAUCCAAAGCAGGGCCAGCAGCCCAUUCAUCUCCAUUACAAGGAUGGUAGCGGAAGCAGCUCCAGUGAUGAGGGCAAUUUCUCUGCUAACAACUCAGACAUUUCUGGAUCUUUCCAUGGUGCUCUGUGGGAGCUGGAUGACCCGCGGCGCUCCUGCUCAUACAACUCCGUGGAGGAGCUUUCCGAAACAUCAGAGCAAGAAGACGAAGAGGAGGCAAGAGAAGAAAAGGACUUGUACUACCUAGGAAUGGACUAUCCAGCCGAGGAUGAGGAGAGCGAGGAGCAGAGAGAAGAGGAGACAAAAACUGAGCUGCUUAAAAACGUAGUUUUGAACAGAGAGGACUGUUCUGUGGAGUCGCACCCUUUGCUCGGCCCUGAGGACUCGAGCGAGCUGCUGUCACCGCCAGUGCGUGGCUUCUCUCCGUUGUACCUGCCUCAGUUCAGAACUGCACCCUGCGCGAGGCAACUCACAGCUCAACCACAAGACGCCCUGGCAGGCGUCACUCUCACACAGACUGCAUUUAAAUGAAAAAUCUGUUGUGUGUCGUGGUCUGCGCCAUGAGUCAGCAUUUACCAAAGCCAUGUGCACGAGUUCCUUCAGACAUAGUGAGGUGUGGAGCUUGAAAAUGUAAAAAUACCUCGAUUUCUUGCAAAUUGAUAUUCAUCAAUGCUGCUGUUAUGUUCUGUCGGAAGAGAUGGCAGGAGGGCACACGCCUGAUUUAUAGGCGUUUAUUUCUUUCUUUCUUUAUAUGGUUUGAAACCCAGAUUGUACUGUGCCACACUGCGCCUCUGCAAUCAUUUACUGAUGCAGGAGCACCUGCUGAGAACAUUGAAAUCACAGAUUUUCAAUGGGAGGUUAUGCUAGUGGACUCAUGUACAGUUACUGCUCACAGAGAGCAGCGGGCAGACUGUGCAGAAUAUUGGUCAUCAGGAAGGGAGCAGUAGAGGAGGAAGUCAUGUUGCAUAUAAAAAAAAAAUGUGGUAGUGCUGCGUGUGUCCACAUUCACUCAUCUGCUCCCGUCGUAAUGUAAAAAAUAAAUAGUGUUUCAUUCUGUGUUCAGCUAUUUGAGCUGCAUUUUAAGUGAAACAUGAAAGAGGUUCAAAGAGAAUAGCUAAACGCAAAAGAGAAGGCACAUAAUCUGGUUUCCUCAAAGCACAUCAGACUGUGAAGUGAAGGCAAACCUUUGGUUAGUCUGCGAGUAACUGCAGGUGAUUUUUGGACGUUUGGCGGCAGCUUGCGCAACAACAUCUGCAUGAACGAACUCACCCACCAAUCCAAAGAAUGUCUUUUUGUACUUUGUGCUGUAAUGUGUUUGAGACUCUGUUACAGUUUCUGAGAAAUGUGAUAUCUAUUUUUUUCUGUGUUUGGCCAUUAAUAUAAACACCUGCUGUCUGGUGUAAAAAAGAAAAAAAAAGACAAAAGAAUGUAUAUUUGAAACCAGAAGAAGACAGAAAUGAAAAGUUUAAAGAAAAGUGUUGUAUAUUGAGAUAUUUUGUCUAUUUUUCAUGGUGAAAAUAAAGUGCUUAUUGUGAGCGUG